UUUGGAUAGAAAAUGAGGGGUGUGGCCAUGGCCAAUACAUAUUUUUGAGUAGCAACUAGUGAAGUAAGUUGCAGGUGACCACUCAGCCAAAUUCAUGGAGUCCAAAUCUGAGAAGGUUGUCUUUGGAGCAUCAAUCGUAGUGCCCAGCGUUCUGGAGCUAACCAAGCACCCCAUCUCUAAGCUUCCCCUUCGCUAUGAACGUGACGAUCAGGACCCGCCGAUCGUUUUCAAUGGAGAUUCUGAACUGUCGGUACCGGUGGUCGAUCUUCACCGGUUGGCCAUUGGAGAUUUUGCUGCUGCAGAGAUGGAGAAGUUGCAUUCUGCAUGUAAGGAAUGGGGAUUCUUCCAGAUUAUAAACCACGAAGUUCCGGCGUCGUUGGUGAACGAAUUCAGAAUGGAAAUUGGAAGUUUCUUUAAUCUUCCCUAUGAAGAAAAGAAGCUGCUUUGGCAAAGCCGAGAGAACCAAGAAGGAUUUGGACAGCUCUGUGUGGUGUCAGAGGACCAGAAGCUUGAUUGGUCAGACAUGUUCUACAUACUUAUUCGUCCUCCUAAUCUAAGGAAGCCUCAUCUAUUCCAUAAUCUUCCACCAAAACUCAGAGAGGCUCUUGAAUCUUACACAACUGAAGUUCAGAAGUUAGCCAUGAUCAUUUUGAACCAUUUGGCUGAAGCUUUGAAGAUGGAUGGUGAAGAAAUGAGGGAGCUAUUUAGAGAUGGUGUUCAGUCAAUGAGGAUGAACUACUAUCCACCGUGCCCCGAACCCGAUAAGGCCAUCGGAUUCUCAGCUCACUCGGAUGCAAAUGCUCUAACAAUUCUCCUGCAACUCAAUGAAACAGAAGGACUGCAAAUCCGAAAAGAUGGGAGAUGGGUGUCUGUCAAACCAAUUCCAAAUGCAUUUGUGGUCAACAUAGGUAACAUCAUAGAGAUUGUAAGCAAUGGCGUAUACAAGAGCAUUGAGCAUAGAGUGACAUCAAAUUGCUCAAAAGAAAGGCUUUCGGUUGCAACAUUCCACAGUCCAAAUCUAAGCUUGGAGUUGGGCCCUGCAAAGAGUGUUGUAGGGCCUCAUAACCCACCAAAGUUUCGAACUGUCCCUUUGGUGAAGUACUUCAAAGGCUACUUUGCUAAAAAAGUAGAAGGAAAGUCAUACCUUGAUCAAAUUAGGAUGCAGACCAAUGAAGUAAGUUGCAGUUAGGACACUCACUAUCACCACUCGGCCAAAUUCAUGGAGUCCUAGGUUGUCUUCGGUUUAGAUACCACUUGUUGUGCACGGAUGAUACAACCUUCAAUUCUCUUAUACCACUUGUUGUACCUAAUAUCACACAAUUAAAAUGUUUUAAUACCCAAUUAUUGUAGCGGAAUGUCACCAUCAAAAUGUUCUAAUAUUCAA